UUGAAUGCAAUUGAACCCGUCGCAGCUUUCGAUGAAUUCUGUCGAUUCUGUCGAAUCUUGAAUCAUUGUGCGAACGCACCACUCUUCACUUGGACAGUUCGAUCGAUGCCUUUGCUUGCUGGGAAUUUAGCAAGCGGGAUGUGCAGCAGAUAUCUAGUCGGAAUGUGUUACCUCAUCGCCUACAUUAUUCCGCGCGCGCGGCGCUUUGGCAAGUGCAAUGUGUUCUGUUUCCGCAAUUUCCGGGAAGUUUAAGAGAAAAGGGAGCCAUGCAGUUCCUUACGCCCUUCCCUCUUACCUCGUUUCCUCUCCCUUUACUUCUUCACAUUUCCCUGCACCAUGCCCCAGAAUCUUGCUUCCUCGCCGGAGAGCGCCCGAAAGGAGCGCGGUGGAUAUCACAAGUUUUCGUGUCAAUCGUGCUACGAUGUUCAUCGCCGGUGUAACCGAGAUUGGAACAACGACGCGAAAUGCUCAAACUGCGAUACCUUGGGGACUCCAACGGGAACGCAACUCUGGGUCCCAUGAGUCCGGCUCGAGAAAUCAGGACAAUACUGCUGGUACUUCAACCAGGUCUGAGGUGCAUUCAGGGAAUAGCAAUCAGAAUCGUCGUGCUCGGCAGCAACAAUAUUCUCCCAAACAUGAUACCGCACAGGAAAUAUCCCAAGGCAUCUCCGAAGUGAACCAUCAUAUCCCUGGUAUCCUCGGCGAGGGAAUAUCCACAGAAGGCUUAAGGAAUCAACUCAGCAAUGAUGAGCGCGUUAGUCCAAUGCUCGACCGAGUCCUUCGCCUUUUUGGAGCUAGCUCCGCGAAAGCAAACGGGCCCAGAGAAAGGGUGCUCCUGGAUGAGGCUAAGCAAGCUUAUGGUUUGGAGUCCGAGGAGCCCACUCUGGCUACCAUCAAGGCCACGUUCCUGUUAUCAUCAUGGUUGUCCGAGUGGAAGCCUGUAUAUGCGGAAAAUUUGCUAGACAAUGCCUAUGAAUGUUCGUCCUCCCCUUUUUCGUGUUUGUGUGCUGUGUGGCUGAUUGUCCCCCCAGGGUUGAGUUCACACAACAGGCAUGAACAACUCAAGUAUGUGCCUUCCCACGAAAUUCACCAACUCCUGGACAGGGUCUUGGCUUUUGUACGUCUCCGGAUUGUAUGGUUUAGUUCAUUCUAACUGAAACGAUGCAACAUGACCUGCAGGCCAGAGAAAAAAGGUUUGGGUUGCGUAUUCGCUGCAACCACGAAAGGACUGAGCCUCUAUCGACUGCGUCUCCGAGACGCCAACCAGGGACCCAACUUACGACCAUCAGCACUCGCACUUCCCCCACAUUGCGGGUGGGCGAUAUGGGCAUCGUUCCAUCGGAACAAGUCGACUCCACAUCCCCUCCGUUAUAUCACCUCGCCCAAUCGAUGAGCCCGCCCCCACCACCUGCGCACACAUCAUAUCAACCCCCCUUUCGUGGUCAACGGCGUCCUGCGCCAGUUCCUGCCAACAUCGCUGGAAGCGCCCCGGCACCAGUGCCUCCCACCCCUGCUGCAUCGUUUACGGAAAAGGUUCCGACGUACACCGAAAACGUAUACCCUAAC